ACAUAAAAAAUUCGCUGCAUCUAACAACUUCUUAGUUGAAAUUUAUUAAAAUUUAAAUUAAAUUAAAUGAUGAUUAGCUUUAUUAAUUAAUAAUAAAUAAAUAAAAAUAAAAAUGUUUCGUAUGUUAAAAUACGUUGUGAUAGGAAUAUCGGUACCAACCUCAUUUAUGGAUUGUUUCGCUUCCGUUGCCAGAGUUGAUGGAACCUCAAUGCAGCCUUGUCUCAAUAGUCAAAAUUCAUCCACACCGGAUUACGUCCUUUUAUCGAGAACAGCUGUGAGAAAUUUAGAAUUCAACAGAGGAGAUGUCGUCUCUGUUAUCAGUCCAAAAGAUCCGAAUCAGCGAAUAAUCAAAAGAAUUGUCGGUUUGGAAGGUGACUUGAUCCCGACACUCGGAUACAACUUGAAACAUGUCAAAGUACCUGAAGGUCACGUGUGGAUUGAAGGCGACAACUCGCAAAAUAGUCUAGAUAGCAACAAUUUUGGACCAGUUUCCGUAGGAUUAAUUACUGGCAAAGCAGUUUAUAUUUUAUGGCCGCCGCAGCGAUAUCAAAAACUUGAUUCGAAAUUGCCGAAAACGAGAUUACAAUCACUUCUUGCCAAGCCUUUGUCGGUUAGGGAAUAAAAAAAUUAAAUAAAAAUACGAAUUUUAAGAAAUUUAA